CCUCUUGGAACUUUGUGUUAGAAUUACUUGGACUUUUUGAAAAAACUUUUUUACUGUUUUUCCUAUAUUUCUUUACUUACCUAAAAUACCUAGAAAAACGAUGCCUAAUUUGUUAGUUCGUAAUUUAAUGACUAUGUACCUCACGCUGUUUGGAUACCUUGGGGAUGCCAGAGCAGUUUUACUGAACUCUAAUGCAAUCAAGAAUUUGCCUGGUAGCACCGACACGGUGAGCCCUAGCCCACGUCCUUCUUCAGGUAGUGACAGCCACAAAGCAGUCGUGGACACUUCGCUGCCUGCUUGUACAUAUGACGACGAGUGUGGAAGUGAUGAAUUCUGCAACGAUAUCCGAGGCGUGUGUCUUUCAUGCCGAAAGAUUCGGAAGCGGUGCGCAAGGGAUUCGAUCUGCUGUGCUGGGAAUCGGUGCAUCAACGGUGUUUGUCAGGCAAGUGAUCAAGAUGCUGAAGUUGCAGUCACCACCAGUCAUGGGAAUUGGCAAAACAACACCAAGGAACACCAUGACAAGAGACUGCCUCUGACCCGUGGUCAGCUACAACAUUCAGUCAAAGGUCGGGAAGGUGACAACUGCCUGAGGUCGUCUGACUGCUCUGAUGACCUUUGCUGCGCCCGCCACUUCUGGUCUCGUAUCUGCAAGCCGGUCCUGACGGAAGGUCAAGUGUGCACGCGUCACCGCAGGAAAGGCACCCAUGGCCUGGAGCUGUUUCAGCGCUGUGACUGUGGAGAUGGCCUCUACUGCAGACCAGAGAGAGGAGAAAAAGACCCCGGAGCAGGCCGGACGGGGGCCCGGAACCUACACAUCUGCCAGAGACGCUGACCCAUCACUUGACAUGUCGUAGAAAAAGAUUGAGGGCGUGUUAAGUUGAAAUGUAAUGAGGAUAUUUAAUUUGGCAGGUGUGCUCAAAAUGCAUAUACUCAGAGAUGAUACAAAAAUUAGCAGUCACUCAAAAUGUGAAACCUAUUGAUGCCUGGUUCUAGCAUGCAUCCUUUAACCUGAUCUUUUUCCACGUUAAGAGUGUGACCAGGUUUUUAGAAAAGUAAUAGAUGAUUAAAAUACACUCUGAUAUAAUUGUGAUCAGAUCUUCCUGAUCACCUCUCACUAUAAGUGCAAACCAGCAUGGACAGUGGAACUAUGUCAAUAAUCAGCCUUCUAAAACAUGUUUCUACCAUGAAGAUACAGAAUGUAGACAUGAUCAGGACAAAGAAUGCAUAUUAGCACCAGGUAUAAACAAGGCAAUGGUUGUUGAAAGACACACCACCCAGAAGGAACACAGUAUUCCAGAUAUGAAAGGUGAUAUGCCCAAAGUGAUGCAACGGUAUGAGAUGGACAGGUCGGUUUCCACCGGAUGCUGGAAGAUGCCAAAUAAGGAAGUUAUCAUCAGAUGUUCCUUGGAAAGAUCGAUACAUGUCAUAAAACGUGGCAGAUAUGUUUUGUUUCUCUUUUUACGGAACUUAACCUUGAUUCUUGCAGUAAAUUACUGUAUUGUAAAUAUUGUACUGGAGGUGGCACUUAACAAAGCUAUUGAAUGCUGUCAACAUCAGUAUUAUAAAUAACA